UUUUGUCGUCUACUUCCUUUAUUAAACUACGUUGAAUGCAAAUAGUAUGAAGUGCAUAUUCUGUGGAAGUGUUGGUAAAUAUGAACAAUGUGAAAAAUGUUUGUUCAAAGGAUGCAAGAAAUGUAUCGAUUCUCACAAAGAUUCCUGUAUUUUGCUGACGAAAGACAAAUAUCAUUUUUGUACAGGUCACAAUGAAUAUGUGGGUAAAUACUGUUUCGAUUGUUUUCAUCUUAUCUGUGAAAAGUGUGUCGUUGGCAACCAUUUAAACCACAAUAUAUUACCAAUAUGCGAGGCUGUCCAUAACAUCCGUGGUGAUAUGCAAAGUUCCAUAGAAGAACUGGAACUAAAAAUAGACCAAGAGCAGAGUGCCAUCGAUAAUGGUCCCAAAAAGCAAACUGAAUAUAAACUACUGGUAAAGCAGAUAGACGUGGAAGAACGAAAUAUUCAAGAAUGUGUAACAAAAACAAAGGCAACAUUACUGCGUAACAUGGAAAAAUUGCAAAAGACAGAAGACGAUAAAUGCACGGCAUCUAAAGACAUAUUGCCUUCCAUGAAGCAAGCAAGGACUAAUUUACAAUCGGUCAAAGAUGAAAAAAAUGCUAUUUUAUUUUUAUCUAGAUGGUCAAAUCCAAGAUCUAUUAUCGAAAAACAAGGACUCCUACAGAAAGAAAGAGAAGCAGAUGACAAGGCGAGUGUAAUCGGAUCAGACAUAACACGUCAGUUACUUGAUUCAUUCAUAAGGGAAAAUCAACAGGCGAUUUUUCACGUGCUGGAUCUUCUACAAAGAUUACCCAUGUCAAUUGAACAGAUAAAUAAUCAAGUGUCACCUAUUGAUCCAGUAGAAUUACCACGUAGGAAUGACCGGGAUAUUGAUUCCAUUACGGAAAAAGUUGAAAUUUUGUGGAACUUUGCUAUAAAACUUAAAAAUGAAUUAAUAAAGACUAAUCAGAAUUUAAGACAUAAGAUUGAUUCAGUCGUAAAAUGGACAACUCAAGAGACACAAGAAAGGGAAAAGGAAAAAAAAGAGCAUGUAAAGGCAUUAAAAGAUAAAGACAAAAUUAUUCAGAGAUAUGAAGUGUUGGCCAAAGCAAAAGAUGAUGAUAAACGAGCUCUUGAAAGUGGGCCAAGCGGUUCCAAAACUUCAAAAUUGCAGCAGCACAUAUUCGACCUUCAAAAAAUCAUGGCGCAAAACAACGAGGAAUACAAGAAAGUAUGCAUGGAAAGAGAUGACCUACGAAACAGGAUGAAAAGUGUUCAGAGGAUCUCCCAUUUAGAAAAUCAAAUCGAUCAAUUACGAGGUUUGGGUAUAGAAAAAGACGAUGUAAUCAAAUCCAUUAAACAAGAAAAAGAAGAAUUACAAACACGAUUAAGUAGUAUAGCUGGAGACAAAUUAACGAAAGGAAAUCCAUCAAUAACUGACCUCGGUGACCCCAACCGUCCAAUGAAGAUAGGUGAGAAGUACGGUGAGCUGUAUGACAACGAAUGGACAGAUUGCAUGGAAUUUACUGAUGUAAUUAAAUCCCAUUUUGGAACUUUAGAGCACUCUGAGCUAGAAGAAAUAAUUAUACACCAUUUGUACAGACUUUUGUUGUGCUGCUACAAAGAAUGCAGGAUGACAUCAGAAAAUCAAAUAAGGACCAUUCGGAAGACUAUUGCAGAAAACCUGUUUCUUAAUACAGAAUCGGAAAGGGAUAUAGUGAAUGUACCUGGAUGCAAAGAAGUUAUCUCUUUCAGAAAACAGAACGGAGAGGAAUUUUCACAGCAAUUGAUAUCAAAACAGAAACUAUGUGGAAAUGUUAUGAAGGACUGGGAUUACUGCAACAAAAGUGAUAUAUUAAUGCAACACCUAGUAAAAACAGCAUUCUUUGACAAAUGUGUCCAUCUAUGUUGGUUUCUGGCUAUUCAAGAGCCAAAGAUGUUUCUAGACCAAAAACUUCUACCGGGGGAAAAAUUUGACAAGAAUGAAUACAAAGAGUUUGUCAAAAGUGGCGAUAAAGUUGGAUACAUUGUAUGGCCAGCACUCUUUUUACACGAAAAUGGACCCUUACUCUAUAAAGGAGUUGUGCAAGCCUUUAUUUAACAUUGUUUUUAAAUAACUUGUAUAAAAGUAAACUAUUCACAAUGCAAUAAACUUAAUACUUUAAAGGAAAUCUAAGAAUAUGCAGUUUUAAUAAAGAUUGUCAAGAAAUUUUACAAACAAACGUUUUGUCUUCAGACAAAUAAAUUAGAAAUUCGAAUCAGACAUUAUUAUUUAUACAUAUUGUGACGAAGUUUUUAAAUUUGACUAAUAUUAAAAUUUAAUUCCAAAAGAAUGCUUAUCAUUACGAAAAACAAAGCAAUCAAUGAUUAUAGGCACCUGCAAACGAAAAAAAGUAAGGCCACAGCAUAGCCAAGCACAUAUGAUACAAUUUCAACGAAAACUCCAAAACAUGUGAUACAAAAAAGAAAAAACGAAAAAAGAAUUUGCAGUCAAAACAACACAAAAACGAGCUUGAAUUCAGGUGUCAAAGAAUGGUUAGUAGUUUGUUUCUAUCUACUGGUGAUAUCAAUCAUGUUAGGCAUCUAGUAAUACUUUAAAUUAAUUUUUAAUCAAUGAUACAGUAUGCAACAAUACUAAAAAUAACAUUGAUGUGUUAAUAUAUAGGUGUCAGACCACCAAUUCACUCCCUCCAAUUUAGAACGUAUUUAAAAGUUGCCCUACUCUGACACAAAAAAAGUGCUUUUGAUGUCAUUGUUUACUUAAGAUAACCAAGAAAUUCGCAGAAAUGAAACUUUUGGUGAAAGAGAAAAAUAUUUAGACCAUUUCGAGUCGGAAUUUACUUGUCUAUGAGUUUGCAUUAAAAAUUGAGGAGCAGUGCGCUCCAUAGAACACUAAUUAAAAAUUUCCAGAAAACCAGGGGUUAUUUUAGUAGUACUUAUCUUGUGAUUGGCAAUUUCUUCUUAGAAGACUUUAAACAUGGGUUGACAAUUGGCAUGUAUAAAGGUGAUGCAUGUACAAUUUAGGAUAUACCUGGUUUCUAUGAAGUUGAAUUAAGGUAAAAUAUAAAGGAAGCUGCGAAAAUUAUAAAAUGUUGCUGAUGAAGGAAUUUUAUUUUUAGAUAUUACCAUUAAAUUUUGCGGAUGAAGAUUUUUUAAAUUUUAGCCAUGAUUAUGAU